AUUGAACACGAAUUACAGAAACUACAAGACGUGAGGAUCGUGUCCAUCGAUGUCCCCAACCAGACACUGGUCGUAGAGUUGACACAAUCGGGCGGCACUUCCGUACACGACAUCCAGACCACCAUCGAGUCGACACUAGGCUUGAAUACUGUGGUCAAGGGUUUGGGCGAUAGUAUAGCCGCCGUCAGCGAAAUCACCGGCGACGACGAUAUCAUAGGAGUGGUGCGAUUCAGUCAACAGCCGGACAAUCGGUGUUUAGUGGACGCCGUCAUAGACGGCAUACGUCCCCAAAACCAGUACUCCCUAAACAUCCACACGUUUGGCGAUCUGAGUGGACAGGCGUUUGAGCACUUGGGCUCAGUAUACCUGCCAAUAGCCAGUCAGUUCACGGCGAACGACCCGUCCUACCCGGCCAGGGGUGCCCUCAAAGCACGGGUAGACAACUGCGACCUCAGCGCCUGUAUCGGUCGCGCGCUGUCUGUGAGCCUCAAGGAUCGGGUGAUCGGCGCCGGUAUCGUCGCCCGUGCCUCCAGUGUCGGCGAUAAUAGCAAAAAGAUCUGCGCCUGUAGUGGACGUACCCUUUGGGACGAGAGGGCUAUCAAACAGGAGGACCGCACCAGUCGAUUGUGA